AUGGCCUCUUCAAUCAAACAUAGAUCUUCAGAACAGACAUUCACGUUUGUAACCCCACCAGCAGAUGCUUCUAUAGAAGUGUUGAACGAUUUCUACUGGACCAAUGAAGCUGAACCACAUGCGCUUCGAAGGAAAUUGAUUCUUGCAAAGCAUCCAGAAGUCAGAAAACUCACUGGGUAUGAACCAAAAACGAAAUGGUAUGUCAUGUUGGUGGUUCUUUUACAGUUGUCGGUGGCUCUCUACCUUCGAAACACGCCCGUUUUGUCAUGGAAGUUUGUCGGUUUGGCAUAUGUUAUUGGCGCUACUGCAAAUCAAGCCAUCUUUUUGGCGAUACACGAGUUGAGUCACAAUCUAUUGUUCAAAAAGCCAUUGCAUAAUAAGUUGUUUGCCAUUUUUACCAAUAUCCCAAUCGGAAUCCCCUAUUCAGCUUCGUUUCAGCCAUAUCACCAAUUGCACCAUAAAUUCCAAGGAGAUGAAUAUUUGGACACUGAUUUGCCAACUAGAUUUGAGGCUAUAAUAUUGUCCAAUUUAUUGGGAAAGGUGUUUUUUGCAACUUGUCAAAUCUUUUUCUACGCUUUGAGGCCAAUGUUUAUUACCCAGAUUAAAUUCACCUAUAUCCAUUUGUUGAAUGUUGUGCACCAACUUGUAUUUGAUUAUUUCUGGGUAAAAUAUUUUGGAUGGAAAAGCUUUGCUUAUUUUAUUAUGAGCUCCUUUUUGGCGGGCUCAUUGCACCCAUGUGCUGGUCAUUUCAUUGCUGAGCAUUAUGUGUUGAAUGAAAACAACAAACCAAGGGGGAAAGAUAUACCCGUUCCUGCAGAGACAUACUCCUACUAUGGAUCCCUCAAUUUAGUCACUUGGAAUGUUGGUUACCAUAACGAACAUCAUGAUUUUCCAUACGUUGCUUGGACAAAGUUGCCUGAACUUCGACGCAUUGCUGCCGACUUUUAUGAUCCAUUACCGAAAGUUGAAAGUUGGUGUGGAGUCAUUUGGUGGUUUAUAUUCAACGAUGUAAACACGCUAUGGAACAGGGUCAAGAGAAAGGGAAAAGAAAAACAUGGACACAAAAUAGAUAAUCUAGAUGACAAUUAA